AUGGAAGAGGAGUACACGGCCCUCCUCGCCAACCAGACUUGGGAUCUGGUCCCUCAUCCCCCGGGCUCCAACAUCGUCACCGGCAAGUGGAUCUGGACCCACAAGCGCCGGGCUAACGGCACCCUUGAGCGGUACAAGGCUCGCUGGGUUCUCCGGGGCUUUACUCACCGCCCCGGUGGCGACUACGACGAGCUUCAGCCCGGUCGUGAAGCCGGCCACCGUCCGCACGGUGCUCUCGCUGGCUCUCACGCGCGGGUGGCCCGUGCAUCAGCUGAACCCUCUAGUGAGUCACUCCUUCGGUGGAUCAUCGCCUCUCUUCAGCAGGAGUUUGCUAUGAAGGAUCUGGGUGCACUACAUCACUUCCUCGGGGUCACUGUUGAGCCUCACCCUGCUGGAUUACUCCUUCACCAGAGGCAGUACACUCUUGAUAUCCUGGAGAGAGCUGGGAUGACUGACUGCAAGCCCUGCUCCACUCCAGUUGACACACAGGGCAAGAUCUCGGAGGCUGAGGGUACACCAGUGACAGAUCCCACUACAUAUCAGAGUCUUGCCGGGGCACUUCAGUACCUCACCUUCAGCCGGCCGGAUAUCACAUAUGUAGUUCAGCAGAUAUGUCUCCAUAUGCAUGAUCCCCGAGAGCCACACCCCACUGCUCUCAAGCGGAUCCUACGCUACCUCUGUGGCACCGUCGACUUCGGUCUCCUCCUUCACCGACAGUCGUCCUCCACCGAGCUCGUCGUCUACACUGACGCUGACUAG